AUGAGGGGUGCUCUCCUGUCCUGCGCCGCGCCCGAGGAGUGGGAGCGGCGCGCGUCCGACUGGGUGCGGCAGAUCCGGCGCGUCGAGACCACCCCGGAGAAGGCCACCGCCGAGCCGGCUGAGGCGCCGGCCUCGGCCAGGAAGGCCCAACCCAAACGGCGCGGUCUGGUGCAGAAGCUGCGGCGACUGUUGAAGAGGAGCGCUGCCUUCGCUCGGAUGAACCGGCACCGCAGCGACGGCCUAGCGGACCAGGCGGCGCUUUCGGUGCGCGCGGAGCGGUGCGAGCGUCAGGCCGGCGCCCUGAUGGUGCUGGGCCGCGCACCUGACCUGGGCCAGGUCCAGGUGCUGCUGGCCACCGGCGGCGGACACCCGGCCGUCACGCCCGGCGACCGGCUUCUCCUCCAUCGGCCCUGGUCAGUGACCAUCUGUUCCACUGGCUCUGGUCAGUGACCACCCCCUUUCCUACCGGCUCUGGUCAAUGACCAUCUGUUAUACCGUCCGUGGUCAGUGACCGCCCCCUGU